UGUAAGCCGUGUGGUAGACAUGCGAACUGGCGAAAUAUCUUCUGGCGGGUUCGUAGUUUACGCGUGUAGGUGAAUAUCAUUUUUUUCUUACAUGUGAUAGAGCAUUUAUCGUCAAGGGAGAGUGCUUUAAACCAACACCAUGGACGGUUUGGAGGUAGAUAAUAUCGCUAGCGUCACCAAUCUGAACAACACAGACAUUAACGCUCCUGUACAAGAAAAUUCGGAUGCGUCUCUUUUUGCUUAUCUAUUUGCUGGCAAGCUGAUCUGCAGUUUAGGUUCAGCCUUAAAUAUCAUAAACAUUUUAGUCCUUGCUCAGAAGGAGCUGAGUGAAUCACCUUACGUGUAUCUGUUGGCAUUAGCCGUUUCAGACUUGACAUUUCUGCUGCUGUCUUUGGUACACUUGAUAUCGUAUUCCAUUUCCAGAAGCUAUUACAUCGCUUUCUUCAACGCGUACAUUUUCUUCGUCAUUGGCAACAUAUGCUUUAACGCAAGCGUCUGGCUCAUCGUCUUCAUCACAAUCGAGCGACUGACCUUCGUAGUUCGACCGCUACAACCCAAACCAUCACGCAAGAAAGCUUUGAUAUCGAUUUCCGUCAUCGUAGCCUUAGCAACGCUCAUUAACAUACCUCGUGUUUUUUGUUUCCAGAUACAAGAACAAGACAACAUAUACUACCCUAACGGAACGGAUUUCAGGGAAAGCAAUACAUUUUUAUACCUUAGCUGGUUUCAUUCGGUCAUUAUCAACUUUAUCCCCAACAUUACUCUAAUUCUAACAAACUCGGUGCUAAUUUGGACGCUUAAACAGGCUGAACAUGACCGACUUGUGCUUAGGAGCAAUCAAGCCCAGGCGGCCAGUCGUGACCAAAGAAGGCUUACUAGAAUGUUGGUGGUGAUCGUUAUCGUAUUCUUCUUUUGCACCAUCCCUUCGGCGUUCUCGGACGAUCCCAUUUCGCACGCCCUCUUCGGAAAGGGAAAGACGUGGACGGAAUUCGUGAACUCCCAGGGGAACGUGACGUUGAUAUACGUGUCCAAUUUGCUUCUCUACACGAACUCGGCGAUGAAUUUCGUCCUCUACUGCGCGUUUAAUCGGAAAUUCAGGGAUGCCACGAAAGCAUUGUUUUGGACGAUCACGAAAAAUGUACGCCGUUCCGUUCGAAAUCAAACUCGAAAUUCGACCUCUGAAGUUUACAGUUCGGGGGAAAGAAGUCCACAAGUUUCAAACCGUAUUAAUACCAAACUGUAACAUAACGAUUCUAAUGAGUUAACAUAUUGUCAAAAUUAAGUUCAAAAUAAAAAGGCAUUUUAUGAUACAA